AUGGAGCAAAUCGAACAGCGUGCCGUCAUUAAGUACCUCCAUAAGAAGGGGCUAUCAUCAAAAGCCAUCCAUGAUGACAUGGUCAAUACAUUAGGCGAUUGUGCUCUGUCAUAUUCAUCCGUCAAAAAAUGGAUAGCAGAAUUUAAGCGUGGUAGAGAGAGUGUGAAAGAUGAACCCCGCUCUGGAAGGCCUUCGACGUCAACUACUGACGAAAAUAUUAAAAAAGUACUUGAUUUAAUAAUGGGAGACCGCAGAUUAAAAAUUAGAGAGAUAGCCGAGAUUAUAGGCAUCUCUUAUGAACGAACUCAAAACAUCAUUGUCAACGAGUUGGGUUUCCACAAGGUGUCUGCGAGGUGGGUUCCGCGACUGCUUUCAGUUGAACAAAAAAGGACGCGAUUGACUAUUUCACGCGACUGUUUGGAGUUAUUUGAAGCCGAUGCAGAUGAUUUUUUGAAUCGUUUUGUUACUAUGGACGAAACAUGGGUUUAUUACUGUACACCGGAAACAAAACAACAAUCAAAACAGUGGAGAAGACCUGGUUCACCACCCCCUAAAAAGGCUAAGUCGAUUUUGUCGGCAAAUAAGGUGAUGGCUUCAGUAUUCUGGGACUCGAAAGGUGUGAUUAUGAUUGAUUAUCUUGAAAGGGGUCAGAAUAUAAACUCUGAUUACUACUGCACCUUACUACGUCGUUUACGAGAGGAAAUAAAAGAAAAACGUCGAGGAAUGCUCAGAAGAAAAGUCCUGUUUCAUCAAGAUAACGCCCGUGUUCACACGUCAGUACAGUCAAUGGCUGAAAUUCACAACUGUGGCUUUGAACUGUUACCGCAUCCGCCGUAUUCACCUGAUCUGGCACCAUCAGACUUCUUUCUGUUCCCUAACCUAAAAAAGCACUUGGGAGGUCAAAGAUUUUCGACAAACGACGAGGUCAAAGCAGCUGUAGACGCAUAUUUUGACUCUAAGGAAGAAUCAUUUUAUUAG